GAAACUGUGGUGGUAAUGAUUGAAAAUCAUUUUUGUGUCCAUCCAUUCAUGCCUGGGUACUUGCAUCCAAGUCCUGCAGGCAUCUGUCAGUGGCCUGUCAAACAGAUGUAUAAAUUCUGUGAAGAACACAACCUCCAAGAAGUCUGGGCUUACCUAUGGGAAAAUUGGUACUUCUGUGGCCAUUGGGAGCUUUGGGCAUGGUCUGCAGAACCUAAUGAGAUUCUGAGAUUAAAAACUACUAUGGUUAUGGAAAGCCACUGGCAUUGCAUAAAGGUGGAUUUUCUACACCAUUUUUCAAAACCCUGUGUGGACCUUUUGGUGUGGAUCUUAAUUAUGAAGCUUGUUCCAUCAUAUCAUAACAAGCUG